AAAUUGUUAUUAAUAAAGUUAUGGUUAUAUAUGUACUAAGUUAAACAUAAAAUACCUAGACAUAUUUUUUAUGAAUGUCACUUGCGUUAAUUUAGUGAAAAGUGUUAGAUAUUCAAUUGUUCGGUUCAUCAAUCCGAUUUGUUUUUGGAACAAAAAAAAAUAUCUCUAUUUCCUGUUGUAUAUCAAAUGUACAUUAGUGUGUCCCGAGGAAGAAAUUGGUCUUAAAAAUUCUGUAAUUUUGAGAUGAAAAUUUUUGGUACACAUAUUAUAUAUUAUUUUCGCUUUUAAGUAAAAUGGGUGUCAAAAUUUUCUUAGUAGAUUAGUCCAUUUCAGAAGUUUUUGAAAUUUACGUGCCCCUCAUAAUACAAUAAAAGUCGUUUUGCGGACCAGAAAAACUCUAACAAAAAUUUUAAUUAUUUUUCCCGCAAUAAGCUCAAAAUUACGGAAUUUUUGACACUCAAUUAGAAAAAAUUACAGAAUUUUUUUUUUAAACAUAUUAUACUGAGGAUCUUUUAAAAAAAACUGAUUUUUAAUUUUCUCGUGUUAAGUUCAUUAGAACGCAUCGUUUUAGAGGUAUUCCUCCUAAAAGUAGUGCACGGGACACCCUAAUGUACAUACAUAUUUUCCAUAUUGCUUUUGGAACAUGCGCAUUACUUGCUUCUAAAAAGGAUAGAGAAUACCAGAAUAUAACUUCAAUUCUAAAGAUAAAAACACAGAAUAAUGUUUUAUUAAAAAUAAAUUCAGUAACAACCAAAAUAAAGCGAUUUUAAUAUAAUUGUUAUUUAACAAAUUUGUACUUAAAAUGGUUAUACAAAGAGGUUGGAAAAUUCUAAGCGAUACUGGUUCGACAUCAGCCUCAUCUACUGAAGCAAAUAGAUCUCCAAUGGGUGGUUUAAACUCUUCCUCUGAUGAUUCAAAUUGCUCAAAUCAAACUACUCAUUCCAUGGUCACAAGUGCGGCCAGUCCUCCUAAUAGUUUGAUUAAAAUUGAAACCUCUCCAAUAACUUCAAAUGCCUCCGGUCACAACAAUACCACUAACACUAACCAUCAGCAGCAUCAACAUCAACCACAUAACGAAACAAUGAAAUUUAUUACAACACCACAAAUGGCGGAAAUUACUUUGCAGAAAUUGCGCCAACGAUUUUCCAACUCCACACCACUGACAAGUUCUUCAGCUGAGUCUGCUAUGCGCUCUUUAGAACUGGUGCGAAUUGCAGUCCAGUCUGCCUUUGAUAAGGAAAUUGAUGAGAUGGUUAAACAUUUUAUAGAGACCUAUUUUAAGCCUGCUUUCAGCAAUAUCAAAGAAAAUCUAGGUCAAGGCGCUAUUAACGAUGAUGCUUUACAAAAGAUGUCCUGUGCUCUGUUGGAAAAUGCGAAAUCUCAGUAUAAAAUAUUACGUUACAAACCUCAAUUAUCUACCACCAGUAAUUCCAUCACCACCCUACCAAAUAUAUCGGAGAUUAGUACUAUGCGAAUGGCAUUAAAAAGGCCAGCAGUGAACAAACCCACAUCGACCGUAAUGGAAAUGCAAAAGAGAUUCUUUCCCGAUAAUAUGAUAUUAAAACAAACAGUACAGCAGACACAACAACCACAAACACCUGUUUUGCCUUCGGUAGGAACUAUUAAAUCAUCUUUGGCACAUAAUCAUCAUAGUACUACAGUUGUUCAACACCACCAAUCGCAGCUGCAACAACCAGCAAUAAAUGCCGUAGAGGUGCAACAACUUCAGACACAACAGCAACAACCACAUCCAAGGAGACAAAUCUUCUGGAACACAGCCAAUAUAUCAACCUCAACUAAAUUCGUUUUAGACGUACAGGCAAACCAGGCAUUCGGUUUUAGCGCCGAGGGUAAGGAACGUUUAGCUAGCAAACAUCCUGAAUUAAUUCGUUAUUUGCCUGACACUGAAGACCGUGACUGGCUGACCAAUCAACGAAUCAUACCGCAACAAAACCGAAAUUCUCGAUUUCUAUUUCUAAUAUAUGACGAAGUGUGUCACUUAUAUCAAAACCAUGAUAUCUAUAAAAAAAAAGUAUCUAUCGAUUUAUCAUUAAUGAUGACAUUUACUGUACCCGAUUUUAUGAUUCAAAAAAUGAAAGUAUUUUUUGUUGAUUUAAAUAUUAAAAGCCGGGGACUAAUUACAAACUCAUAUUCCAUUGCUGGUGCAACAACAGCCAAAUUACAUCAGCCUCAUCAGCAAACAAAUAGCCAUUUGCGCAAUGCUUUACUUCUGGGAACCCAGCAGACAUUAGUGGCUUCCACUACAACAACAUCAAUUGUUGCCACAACGAGUGACGCUGCAUCAUCGUCUGUCAUUGCCUCCUCUUCUUCGUCGGCACCUUUAGCGUCAUCUUCUACUAAUAAUAUAACAUCUACGGAAACAUUGCUACAACAGAAAUCUAAGUCAAGCAAUUUAAGCUCAUCUCAUGCUACUCUCACCGCACUUUUAAACAAUUCCUCCUCGACAUCAAUGAACUCAACAGCGAUAAAUGAAAAAUCUGUUAAUUCAUCACCGUCAUCAACACCCACUUUAUUAAACAAAUUAAGAAAAUAAAUGAGUCAUUCCAAAAUUUAUCGACCAAAAAACGGUUUUCAUCACUUUUAGUUUUAUUUAAAUUUAGCUAUCAUAGUCUACACUUCAGUGCGAGUCAUUUGACGUUUUAAUAAGUUUCAUAUCACAUCCAGUUUAGAUUUUAUAGUCCACUAAAAUUGGGUAUUUGGCAAGUUUUUUUUGCUUUCCAUACAGAGUACAUACAUACAUAUGUACAUACAUACAUAUGUACAUACAUACAUACAUACAUACAUACAUACAUA